UUGUAAUCGGUGAUUUCCUCUUACCGAUCGACAAGGGGAACGGUCCACAGAGUUUAAUCUGUGUCGUCGUCUUGUAUCGAUCUGUAACUUUCGAUUUUAGGUUGGAAUUGUUUAAUCGUGUCUUCCUGCUCCAAGACGGAUUCUUCAUUUACCCACUUAUCUGCUUCUCACUCUAUUCGCUUCGGACUCCAUUCCAUGUCGGCAUCGCCGGGAGAAGAAGGCAGACUAACGUUACCUUCGUGUAUACGCUUUCACUGCCAUUCGUUCCAAGAAAUCUUUGCAAUCAAAUCAGAUCAGAUAAUCUUGCGUGAAAAAAGAACCGGAACUUUGGUUACUGCAAUUGUGCAUAUAUCUAUCAAUUUACUGGCACAAUUCCUUCAAACAUUGGCAAUUAUACUCGCUUCUAAGUAUUGUUCCAGAAAAAGAAAACGAAGUUGUCGAGCUCUUAUGCGGGAGAGAUUUUUCAUCAGGAUGAAAUGCUCAUGUUGGUGGGUUGCAGAAAAAUUUAAAGCGUAAAGUUAUGUCUCCAUGCAUAUCCAAGGCUGAGAAAGAAUUUGUAGCAUUAGAAAACUAUGUGGGGGAUUCUCCUGUUUGCUCAGCACCACAUUAGAG